AACACUCAACUUUCUGAGGCAUUUAAACUUUUAAACUACUGCCGUAUUUCAGAAAAAUUAGAAAAAAAAUUGAUUGAUGUUGGACCAAAGCUGACUUUUUUGGUGCGGUGUAUUUAUUAUUUAGUUCCACUUUGCCAAAACGCACAGCUAUGAGUUUGCUUUGGUUACUCUCAUACCAGACCUUUGUUAUUUUUCCAUAAUUUCUGUGACCGUGGCGACUGAUUAGGCGUGUGCUCUGGAGGCAGACAGAUGGAACGAUCUCCAUCACGUUCCAACCGCAGCACUUCCUGUGUGAAACUCUACCUGUGCUCCAACCCAGAGGACUCAGUGGUGGAGCGCAGGGCUCUGAGAGAGAGUGUGUUCCCCAGACUCAGGGAGCGCUGCAGACAAACCCUGGGACUGGACAUCAGGGUGAUAGAUCCAUAUGAGUCCAGUGAUCCCAGUCGGUGGCCAGAUCAAGACACCAGACAGCAGCUCAUACAAGAAUGUAGAGAGAGCUCUGCUGGUCCCUUUCUCCUGGCUCUGGUGGGCCAUCAGUACGGCUCGGGCAGCCUGCCCGGCCGGGUGGAGGUGGCGGAGUACCAGCAGCUGCUGCAGCAGAGCCAGCGGGCCGGAGGCGGCACCCGCCCGCUGGAGCGGCUCUACCGGCGGAACGAGAACACGGAGCCGCCGUCCUACCGCCUGCAGCCGCACACACAGCAGGCAGAGGAGGAGGAGGAGGAGGAGGAGGAGGAUGAGAGCAAGAUGAAGGAUAAAGAAGAAGAGCUGAAGGUGUUUCAGAGCGCUGUGAGUCUGUGUGUUCAGGAAGGUCUCAUGACCCCAGAGAAAGCCCACAGCUACUACAGAUCAGCCCUCGAUGCUGAUCUGCGUUUCUCUCUGGAGAGCUGUCGUCAUGCUGACAUCAUCGGACGCUGCCUGGUCUACGUCCACAAGAUCAUCAACGCCACCGGCCUGAGAGAGGAGAAGAAACAGAGCAAGUCAGACUCAGAACUGCAGAUGCAUCUGCAAACAGAGUUUGCCACUCCUGACCAGAGCUCGGCGCUGAUGAAGCCCAGUGAUGAACACUUACUGUCCCAGCUGUGUGACAACUUCCUGCCCGGCUUCAUCACCUCCUGCCACCUUCUGGUCUACACCACCACCACAGAGUGUGACCGUCGCCAUGGUUACACGUCAGCCAGGAGGCGGGGAUACGCCGAGUCUCUCUGCCAGCAGGUGUAUGCUGACCUGCUGGGGCUGAUUGACAGCUGGAUCGGCCGUGACAGCACAGAGUCACCGUGCGCCAGUCGAGUGUCUCACCUCGGUGAUGCUCUGGCCAGAGAGUGGGCCGAGCAGGAGGAACUGUGCGCCCUCCUGUCUCGAUUUUACGACAUCGUUCGGCCAGAGGAAGACGAGGUCAGGGCCUAUGUGGAGCAGAAAGACAGACAGUGCUCACUAGUGGUGACAGGUGGGCCAUGCACAGGGAAGACGGUGCUGAUUGCACACUGUGCUCAACAGAUAAAGUCAUGGCUGGCAGACAGAGAUCCUGUGGUGAUCUCUUGUUUCUCCAACCUGUCAGUCAACUCCUCCCCAAGGCACCUGCUGUCCAGCCUCUGUUAUCAGAUCGCUCACAGCUACAGCCGCCACUCUGACCCUUGCCGCAAGUUGGACCCAAAACCCGACCUUCACCUCAGCCAACCCACCGAUACAGCUAGAGAUUGUUCCAACUCUGACUCUCCCCUCAGUGCGACAUCUAACCUGGAUCCUAACAACAAAUACAGCACUGGACAGCAAAGUCCUACUGUGCCCGAACCAGAUCCUAACCUUAGCCCUGUGCUAGAUCCAGAUCUGAGCUAUAAACGUAGGAUCACCAACCAGUGUUUUAGACCCAACCUCAGCCUGCCUCAUCUGAAAGAACAUCUCUCCUCUCUUCUCUCCCUUCUCCCCUCUCCUCAACAGCCAUUAGUUCUGAUCCUGGAUGGCCUGGAUCAGAUCAAAAAAAACUACAGACCCCAAAUCAUCCAGUGCCUCCCCUGUCCCCUUCCUCCCGAAGUCAAACUUAUCCUCACGUCCUGCUCCAACCGAACACAUGCUCUGGAAGCCAUCAAACUACGCUACCAACAAUGCAAUCCACCUCCCUGUACAUCCAACAGCAGUUUGUGUGCAAAUAAGAAAGACUGUGUGCAGGUGGAGCCGAGGAGAGGGUAUGUGUGUGUGGAGCUGAAUCCGGUGGACAGGAAGCAGCGUGCCAACAUGCUGGCGUCCCUGUUAAGUGGCUCAAGGAGGAGAGUAACAUCAGGACAACAGGCGCUGCUCAACCGGGCUCUGACCUCCUGUUCUCUGACCCUCUACGCUCGCCUCCUGCACAUACACACUUCGCUCUGGAGCUCUGAUUCAGAAGUGGCUGAAUCAUCUCUCCCAGAUGGCGUCCACUCCUCUAUUUCUGCUCUGCUGGAUCAUCUGGAGCAGAAACACGGUUUCCCCCUGGUGACUCGUGCCCUGUCCUACCUCACCCUCUCCAGGACUGGACUCACAGAGGCUGAGCUCACAGAUCUUCUGUCUAUUGACGACGAGGUGCUGGCUCAGUAUGUUCAUCAGGGUGAUGCCCCUCCCUCUAAGAUGAGGGUACCACAAGUGGACGUGGAGAGACUUUUGCUGGAUUUGAAGAGCUUCCUCAUCAGGAGGACAGUUGGAGUGACACAGGUUCUGUUCUGGGUGAGCAGGCAUUUUGAGCUGGUGCUGGGGAAGAGAUAUUUAGGCAGUCAUGAGGUGAGAAAGGAGAUUCAUUCAGCCAUGGUUGAUUAUUUCAGUGGUCGAUGGGCCUGUGGAAGAGCUAAACCACUGCCCGUUAGCCAGGAAUCAGGAGCUAACAAGGCCACUACAGCUGUUUCUACACGAGACCAAAUGAAAAUAUACUUAGACAGGCAGCCUGCGGGCCAGCCAUUUGUCUUCAAGUCCUCUGAAACAUCAACUUCCUCCUCCAAAGAGGCUGGUCGGGUGAACUUGAGGAAGAUUCUGGAGUUGCCCCACCAUUUGCAAGAGAGCAACAGGUGGGAAGAGCUGGAGCAAGGGUUGAUGAUGUCUUUGGGUUUCCACCAGGCAAUGGCUUGUGCUGGGCGUGUGGGGGAGCUGGUAGCCAUGUUGGAGUGGAAGGAGGGGUCGCCCCAGCUCCCCUUGUCCAGGGAGCGAGCCCUCCUGGCAAGCAUACUGAAGUCAUCUGCCUGCUUACUCCAGAGCUCACCCCUGGAUCUGCCCACGGUGAUAGAGACUAGACUUCUCCCUUACCUGGGGGUCUACCCUGAACUUGAGGGCUACAUCAGAGAGAUCAGACAGGAAAGGAGGAAGACAGGCAGUGGGAUAGGAGUGGUGCUUUGUCCUGCUCCCUCUGCUGUUCCCUCCAUCCAGUGUUUACCCGGUGAUGGUGGGACCAAGAAGGUUUUUGUCUCUGAAGCAGUUGCGUCAGAGUGUGGGACUGUAGUGGAGGUAAAGAGUGAUGGUUCUGUGUGGAUAUGGAAAGCCUGUGGAUGUGAUGUAGUUGAACUGUCACUGAACCGUGAACAAAACAAGCUUAAGUUUGCUGGAGUGAAGAGCAGCGGUCGAUUCAUCCUGCUUUUAACACACUGCAACAAGCUUUUCUUGUGGGAUAUGCAAGACCUGGACAUGUUGCUGGAAGUCAAGGACCCUUUGAAGACAGAGGUGACACCACACACAUUAAGCAAAAUUGAGGGGUUUGUGGCAUGUCAGGAAAAGUUCUGUGUGUGUUGGAAAGGUGAGAGCUUUGUGAGUGUAUUUGACCUCUCCACUGAACCCUUGACUCAUUUCCAGUGUCCGAGCCCUGUCACUUGUGUGAUUUGCUCCUCCAGUGGUUCUUACAUGUACUGUGGACAGGAGAAAGGUAUAGUGUCCAUAUUUGACAUCAGCACCUAUAGUCUCCUUGGCACCUGUUCAAACCCAAACGAAAAUGCUGUUAGAUCAAUUAUCCUUUGUGAGGAUAAGUGGGAAAUGUCAUGCAUUGACAGCAUAGGGAAUAUAUCUCUGUGGAGUGUGGAAGCCAAAACACAAGGACCCUUUCUUGUGAAAGAGAGUUUCAGUGGAGGCAAUACAACUAAGAUCCUGAGUACAGAUUAUUCAUAUAACAUAGACACAUUAUUGUUGUGUGAGGCUCACCAGAUUUCACUAUGGGAUACAUGUAAAUGGGAGCUGUGGGACCAGUUCUUGGCUCCACAGGGGAGGACCUUCACCCAGGCUGCACUAACCCAGGAUGGCCCCCUCUUCCUGGCUUUGUUAGACACCUGUCCCCUUGUCAUGGUGUGGAGGAUCAGCACUGGAGAGUGUGUUCUCUCCUUAGACACUGGUGCCAACACACAGCCCCUCACGCUCCUCAGAGCAGCCACAAAUGUUGUAUCUAUCACUCAUGAUGGCUGUCUCACAGCGUGGGACUCUGAGAUGAUAUAUGCAGCAGGUACAGCUCCAAAAAUGGGAUCUGGGGUGGUGGAAGUGGUGGCUGAACCAAUGGGCGACUGGUUCUACGUGACGGAUAGGUCUGAGAUGGUGUGGAGAUGGAGCUUACAAGCAGAAACUCCAGAUGCUAAUUUCCUGCAUGACGGUCCUGUGGAGAAGCUCUGUCUCUCUCCAGACAACAUCCAACUUGUGACACUCUCAGCAGGAGAAAUUUACAUUUGGCAGACAGAAACCGGGCAGAAUACUGUCCGUAUCCGUGGCAGCAAAGCCAAAGACAUCCUGGUUACCCCAAAUAGUAACAUUGGGGUGAGUCUUGUGGAAAGAGGGCUCUCUCAGGUUUGGAAACUGGCAAAUGGGGGCAUUGUGUGCCACAUACACCUUUACCUAGCUGAAGCCCAGGUGUCGCCUGAGAGCACCUUCCUUUUUGGCCUUCGCCAUGGAGACCUGCUGGCCGCCAGUCUCUGGUCGGGCUCUAUCAGCAAGCGCUUUUCAUGUGCAGAAUGGUCUGAACAUGUUGUGGCAUUUCACAUGCUUCCAGAGCACCCCGACUUUGUGGUGGUGAUGGCUGCUUCAGGAGCAGUUUACACAUGGAAAGUCACAGAGGAGACGGUUUGCAGGCACUUUCAGCUCCCGUACACUGUCCACUGUCAGCCACAAGUCUUCCAAAUUUCAUCCAAUGGGAACUAUGCACUCUUGUCCAUUGAUGACAACGUCAUCACCUUCAUGGAUCUAUCUCAGCCCAGGCUGAGCUCGCUCAAAGCCGAGGGUCCUGUUUUAAAAGCUUGCUUGGAAAAAAACGGGUGUUACGCCGUGUACAUAACCCACACCACUACCUUGGGGAAUGGCUGUGUCUGUGACCUGCACUCCAAGCCCCUCCUCAUCACAGUGCGACUCGCAGACGGGGGCAGAGUCGGGAGGGUGUGUCUGUGUAAGAAUCCGCUGACCUUGGAUGUGUGUGAGCAGCUUUAUGUGUUUGUAGGUUUUGAGGACGGGUCUGUAGGUGUAUAUUAUAUUCCAGAUAUCGUAAGGAAUGGAGGGUCUGUCAGACGCAAGGAAAAUUUGAUCGGCCAGAAGAAGCAAUUCCCAUGUGACAGAGAGCCGCUGAGAUGUUUACCUAUGGCAGUCCCCAAUGUUUUAUGGCCUUAGGUCCUUGUGUGGCAUCACCAGCACCAUGAAAGCAUGUGUUAAAUGGUUGAUCUGAAGUGUUAAAGGCCUGGAGGAGAGCUGCCUUUUGUAUUUUUCAUGCCAUAUCUUGGCCUAUAAUAAUUCAAUACUCUGUGUCCAUUAAUGGUCAUGUCAAGUGCCUGUUGGUGGUUCCUAUGAGGGGCUUCACCAGAGAACAAAGGAAGGGAAGUGAGAAACCCGGGGUGCAGGGAAAGAAGAUUUGUUUGUUACCUGUGAGGGCAAAACACCAGCUCUUAGUUUGUAGAUUUAAUUCGUAACUGAAAGAAAAGUUUCAGUGAAUUGAAAAGACUACAAAUCUACAGCAAGAGCUGCAUUUACAGCAUCCGGAUGGACUCUCUCUUCUCUGUUUCCUUGUUGCCUGCUGGUGAGACCAAGACUGUUGUGAUUUUUCUUUUUGCAAUGCAUUGCUGUUUUUGAGUUCAAUGUUUUGCAUUUUGAAGGGGGAUUUUUGCCUGUGGAUUUUGGUGGAAAGGAUUUUGAGCUUUGUAUGGACAUUUAAAGGGUGAUUUAGAGUUCAAGUGGGAAGUUGAUGUAGUUAUAGAUUUUAUUAAUCUGUUUAUUUUAUGUUAACACUGACAGUAAGAAAUAACAGUCGUACCCUGAACUCUUUUGGUAACGAGGCUUUGGAAAAGGGGCUGAUUUUUACACUUGGGCAAGGAUUUUUUUUUUAUUUUCACAUUGGUGUAAAGUACAUAUAUAUUAUAUGAGUAUAUUAGUUGACAGUACACAAAGUGGGGAAUGAGACAUGCAACAAAUGAUUCAAACCUGUGAUGCCACCAUUGCUUAACCAAGGAAUGCUUAUAUUUUUCAGCACUUUGAAUUGCUUUAUAAUACCUUCAGUAUUGUUUCAGUAUUGUUUCACCCUUGGAUUGAGGUUUCUCUUGGAAUUCUUCCAUUAAAUAAAGAGAACAGUCCAACUUCUCUUUUACUGUAUUAUACUGCAAUAUGGGAGAAAGCAGAUACAUUACAAAGAAUGCAAAACAUCUCCCAAGAGACAAAGGAUAUAUCAACAUUUACAGUCUGCAGUACAUUAGGUGUCUCUUCUUUUACCGACUCAUUACUUAAUAAGACUCUUGGCAGUUACAUACAUUUCCUUAUCUAAUAGUCAUCAUCACAGCAACAUAACAUCCUCUGGAGGCUUGUUUUUUCCUACUCUCAGUGCAGCAACCUUGAAGCUUGUGGUUAGUUUAGGCUCAUCUGGUACACACACAGAAUCAGUAGACUAAUUUCCUCUUCUUCAAUAAGACAGUGCAGUGCAGCUGUGUGGUGAUUCCAUGGCUGUACUGAGAUUCAUCUGUUGCCUUUCACGAUAAUUUGUUUUAGUUUCAGUUAAUUAAUUUAGUCAAGCAUUUUUGCAUCAUCAUGCACACACCUAUACAUGAGGACAGCAUUUAUCUGAGUUUCAUUUCUGGGGAAGCCAAAACCAAAAGCCUGAGCUAUUUCCAACUUAACUGUGAAUUACUAAAAUAAAAA